AGAGAGUGGUAAAAUAGUUUCGUUGUGUCGCUUGUCGGGUUGAUCUAGAAAUCGAGUUUCAGUACUUAACCGUGUAUAAAAAAAGUGCAAAUUUAUUGUUCAAAAUUUAAAUUAACCUUUAUUAUGAGCUACGGUCGAUGUCAUAAUAUAGAGUCGGAAGUUUCGGAUAAAUUCAAAACAUACCUUGUAUUGGAUACUUCGAAAAUUAAGUGCUGAGUGCAAUGAAAAAUGAUGUGGGGCACGGUAAUUGUUUUAUACGAGAAAUGUGUAGUCAUUUCGUCAUUUAGUAAUAGUGCCAACAUAUUUCGGCUGUUUGUGAUUCGUGUAUGGUUAGUUAGUGUUAAAUAAUCUACAGUCAUGACAAUAAGAAGAACUGGAGCAAUAGAAGGAGUGCCUUCAAAAGUAAAAAUUAUUCCAUCUGAAUAUCAGCGCAGGCGCAUACGUCAAAUUAAAGGAAGGGGCAUGAGUGAACUGGGUGUAGUUCGAUCUAGUCCUGACUCAGACUGCAACAGUAACCUCAAAGGCUCAUGUCUCAGUACUACUUCAUCACAGGACGUGGAUUUCAUUCAAGACAACUCGGACUACCAAUGGUUUUUAGAUUACGGAUAUCGAGAUGGAGGUUCGAAUCACCAUACUAGUAUAUUAUCAUUACCGGAAACAUACGAUGCAGGCGACAACUAUUACGAGGCUUUGGCCAAAAACAUGGACGCUAAUCUUGCUGAAGCUGACAUGGAAAGUUUUAAAACCGAGGAUAUACGAGAUUUGCUAACUAACUUGCCUCCCAUGUGUACGGAUCAUUUAAGUCAGGAAACUAAUAGACAAGGCGAAUCGUAUGCCGAAGUUUCUGGUUCUAUGAUGGGAAAGUUUGAUUUAGAUAGUUUUAUCAGUCCACAUAGUAGUUCACAGGGAGAAGAUUGUUCGGCAAAUUCAAAUUCUAUGUCUAUCUGUAAAUCGGAGCUUCUUUUUAGUCCAGUAAGGGAAUGUCCUAUGCCUGGUGCAAAUUUUUCAGUAGAUUCAUUGGAUUGUGACCUCCAUGAUAUGAUGCUAACAUGUCAAGCUAACAAAGAUAAUUAUACUAUUGCAUUUGAAGGAUCAGUUACCAUGUACAGUGAAGAUAGUGAUUUUCACGAAACAGAUAAGAGUUCCAACACAAAUACCAAUCAGUCCGGUAGUGUAAUCUUGGAUUUAAAAAUACAAAAGCAGAAUUUGAAUAAACUGGUAGAUGGUUCUAUGACACAAUCAGAUUCAAGUAGUUUUACAACUUGGAGUAAACUAAAGAAACAAAAUAGCGAGAAUCAUAUAAGGAGGCCUUCAGGAAAUAAUAAUGAUUCAGAAGAGGAAACAAGUCAUUUAGCCCUGAGUGAUACCAAUUUAAAAAGUCAAAGUAUGCCUAAUUUAUACAAACAAAAAUUAAAGAAUCUCAUCAAUAUAGGAACAAAAAGUGAUAGUAAUUCUUCCACCGAUACUACAAUUAAGAGACGUUCCGUUAAAGUUUUUGAUAUUCACCAUCAAACUCAAAAUACCAGCGGCAGUGGAUGGAUUUCAGAUAUGGCAACUUCAGUUGAUGCUAGCAGUUGCGAAAGUUCAAAUAAUAAACAACCAAAUUUUAGUUUAGUAAAGUUGUUCAUGAAGCAAAAGAGUCUUAGUCAAGAAGGCAUGUCAACUACAAUGGAUCAAUUAUCUUCAUCCGAAAACUGGCCAGGAAUCCAGUCAGUAGAGAGCUCUUUGUCUGACAAAAAUUAUGACCAUUCUAAAAAUCAUGAGUUUAACAGUGACCAAAAAAUUAGUGAUAGUAGUGUGCGAACAUAUGAUCUCAUAGCUGAAGAACCUGAAGAUUUAUUAUCUAAAAGCGAAUCAGUAGAACAACUUUCAGAGAGUAUUAGCAAGAUUGAAUCAGUCAAUGAAAGUUUUGAAAACGAGUCUAAAAAAUCGGAAAAUCUAAACAACAAUGACAGUUUUUCUGUUAAGAAGAGACCAAAGAUUUCAAGUCCUAGAAUGUUCUUAGGUACUAAAAGCGAACUUCUUGAUAGAAGUAUUCAGACAUCUCAAUUUUCUGAAAUAACAAAUCUUAAAAAUGCUACCAAAUCCUCCUUUUCAAAUACAAAACAGCGUGUUAAGCUAGUAGAACCGUCAUUUCUAAACACACUUAAAAAAGAGGGAGAAGUUCAGAAACCGGUUUAUGUUUUAUAUCCUAAUUAUGUUCUGCCAGAUCUUGGAUUUUUAAGUGACAAAAAUGAUAUUACAAAUAUGUUUCUGGUUCCCCAAAAAGCUCCACAAGUAUCGUUCGAUCGCAGAAGACCUUUUAGUUUCAAUGAUAUUGAAACGCUUAAGAGAAAUGGAUUUAGUCAUGUCAAAGACUGGGAUUCCUUAAACAUUCUUCUCCCUCAAGAAUAUCGAAAAAUUUUGUCAGAUGUACCAGAAUUAUCAAGUCACGUUAAAGUAAAUUUGAGAGAGAAACCGACGUUUAUGAGAUCUAAGAGGAGACCGAUGAGUUGUGAUAUGAAUAAUACAAACAUAUCAAGCAGUUCUAGUACUGCCACUCAACCUUCUAGUGGAUAUCGAGGAUCGUCAACAAUAUUAACUGAUUCGCAAAAUAGUCCUGUAUACCAAAACAAUCUUAACCCACUUUUUGUUUAUCGAUACGAUAGUGUAACAAGUUCAGAAGCAAGUCUCGUUAAUAGUGACAGACAAAAACACUGUAUAACAACCACACCUCCAUGUCUGCCUAAAUGUGUCAGUUUGCAGCAUCAAGAAAGUGUACCUAUACGGCCACCACUACCCAAGGGUAUUUUACGGAAAGCAGAUAUAAUUAAAAGAUAUAGUAUGUAUGAGACAAGUGAUGAUGAUCUUUUAAAUGAAGAAAUAUCAUCGAAAAGGAAAUCAUUACCGGAUACAUAUUACUUAACAAGAAACAAAAGAUUUUCCGAAACCGAAGAUGAAGGAGUUGAUGCAGGUACUUCCAGUAGCAGCUUAGACGAACAUCCGGAGUCAUUUUCAAACAAACCUGAUUAUCUUCUUCAAAAUAUAUCUAUGGAUGAACUAAUACAGCUAGAGGAGUUUUUAAAACUCAGCGGAUUUUCAUCAUCAGAAGAAGAAAAAGCCGAGGAGAGUCUGACUCAUUUAAAAUCCUAUGUUAGUAAAUUCUUAUCCUUAAAAAUUAAUCAAGAUGGAGCGGAUCAUUUCGGAGGAAAGAAAAGCGUCAGCUUCGCUGAAAAUAUCAAUGUGGCACCUAAACACUUUGAUACAAAACAUUUUAUUCCUCCUAACAAUUCACCUAAUGUUUCUGCCCUCUUACUGCAGAAGAACUUCCAACCUAAAGUUAUAGCUGACAUGACUAUUUGCGAAGAAAAUGAAAAUAGUCCAAAUUAUUCUAGUCCCCAAACUACACCAAUUCAUCUGUGUAAAGCACCAUCAGACAACUAUGUCCAAAAAAGAUCUCUAAUAAAUGGUGUUAUGGAAGCAGUUGAUCAAGUUAUGCAAUAUUUUUCACUAGCUUCAAAUCAACAGGAACUGAAUACUUUAGGAGACUCUAGUGUAAAUCCAGCAUGCGCAAAACUGGCUCUAACCACUUUAUGCCCUGCCCUGUAUGCUGUAUUAAGUGAUGGCUUAAAGCCUUUCCUAGACACAAGUUUUGGGGCAAUAAACAAUUCAGUAUGGCAGGUUGUAGAAGCUUCUGCACAACAGGGACCAUUAACAAAGGCAUUAAAUGAUCUUGUUAUGAAAAUUAAUAGUGAAGAUGUUAUUAGUGAAGGAUUGGUAAAAUUUAAUGCUUUUAUUUUUGGACUAUUAAAUGUAAGAUCGUUGGAUGCUUGGACAAGCUAUUUAAAAACAAGAGAAAGUAUCUUAAAGAAACAUUAUACAGCUGAUUCUUUGUUGGUUUUAUCACAUACUGGAGGAGCAAAUUUAAGGAACAUGUUGGAUGCCAUGAUAGCUGCUCUACAGCCUCUUGCUUUUCUACCAUUUCAGUUUGAUCUGCUUUUUGAAUAUAAACAGCUACAUUUAAGUUUCAAAAGAAUGGAUUCUUUCCAUCAACUGGUUAGUCCAACACAUAAGCAUGCGUCUUCUCCAAAUUACAAACAGUUCUUAUCCACAAAAUAUGGACUUAGCGUCUCGCCUCACAGCCGUUCAAAUUCUGAAUCAGACGACAUAUCAACAGCAACAACAGUUAAAAAUAAUUUCUACAGUGCCUGUCAUAAAGAUAUAUUAAGUUCGGAUAAUUCGGAAAAGCAUAAGAUGGAAAAAGAACGACCCAGAAGUUGCAUAGAAGACGGAAUAUUAACAAAUGCGCCGAAUUUUAAACUAGGCGAAGAUGUUAAUAUGGUAGCAAAAAAAAGGUGGUCUGGCAUUGCCCUAAACUCAAAGCUAUAUCAAGUGUAUGAUCGACUGGCGAAAGAAGACGAAGAUUACGUGGACAGCUUAGAAACACCGCCUUCUUCAAAGAAGACUGAACUUGAAAGAAAUGAAGCAAAAGAAAACCGUACUUGUGAACCAGAAUCAUUAGAUUCCAAUUUUUCCGAUGAAAAACCUUUAAAUGGUAAAAGAUUUAAGAAAUUACAACAAAGGUGGGAAAUGUUAAGUGGUAGGGAUUCUGAAGAAAGAGAUUCUCCUCCAUCAAGUCCAACCCACGCAAAUAAAUCAAAAAUACCUAGACCUAUAACUUCACCAGUAAAGCCAUCAGGAAUACCAGUUUUAGUUUCUCAUAAAAAAAUUACUUGUUCUCAAGCUAAUAAAAGCAUACCUGGUGUAAAAGGAAUUAAUACUAUUAAAAAUUCACCUGUCAAAAACAGCACACCAAGAGCGAGUCGCGUUGAUCAGGUUGAAAACGAACAAAUAAAACACAUUCCUAGGCCAAGUAGUCUACCUUACAAACCAACUUGUCAAAAUAAUAAAUCAUCCAAACCAGUGGUUCCAAGAAGAGCAGCAUCUAGUUCAUUAAAUAGGAAAUCUCUAGGAGAAAAUCCAAAGAGUGUGACGCCAAAGGUUGUACGAACUGUAAGUCAUAGGCUGCCUUCAGAAAGUGGCCAUUUAUCAUAUAACGAAGGGGAAAGAUUGAAGGUGGUCUUGGAAGUGGAUGAUAAGUGGCUCUUAUGCUGCAGAGGCACGCAAAAAGGACUGGUACCUAAGUCAGCUGUGAUUAUUGAUAAUGGACGAUUUUGACACACAGUUCAUUAAAUUUCAACUGAAUAUUUAGUUGAUAUAUAUACAAAAUUAUAAUAGCAUUAUCAUUUUAACAGGAAUUUUCAAGAAAUAUUAAUUUUACUCCUUAAAAUAAUGCUUAUAUGAUUUCCAGUAUUUUAAUUGUGUUAAAAUGGUAAAAAUGGAAUAAUUCUAGAGAUAAAACUUUAAAAUAUUUUAAUAUCGUGCAUAUAGUAAUUAUAUAUCUAUACUAUGCUAUAGUAGUAUCCCAAUUAAAUCACCAAUAUGAAAAUAUUUUAAAUAGACGGUAUGCUCCAAUAAUAUUAAGUACUUCAAGAGAAAUAUUUACGGUAUAAAACUGUAAGCAAGUUUAUAAUAAAAUGCCCUAUAUAAGUGUAUGAUGACUUUAAGGACUGGUAAUUUUUUUAUAGGAAUUGAAUGUUUAUGUCAUUUAUAUUUCACUUAUAUUUGAAUGACAAUUUUUAUAAUUCUGUUAUUUCAAAUGAUAGUAUCUGAUUUUAAAAUUUUAAUAUUAAUUUUUGUUCUUGUCAGUUUUUAUUAGUUCUCUAGUCAGUUACUGUUAAACCGCUAUGUCUCUUUGCUAAUCUAGCUAUCUUUAACUAAGUAUACCUAAUAUGAAUAUUACUUAAAAGAUUUUGAUGAAUUGACAUUUUCGAUAUCAUACGUUACUACUUUCUAAGAAUUUUUAAUGGGCCUGAAAUUAUAAAGUAAAUGAUUAAAUCAAUGAUAUAAAGGUAAAGGGCAACUUAAUAGCUUAAUAAAUUAUUUGUCAUAUUUAUUGAAUAUUACUGAAUUAUUCUAUUCUACAGCCCAAAUAUUAACUUAUUUACAUUAAAUAAAUAUAUUUUUAAAGUAAAAUAACGAUUUUACUCCAUUACUGCUAUUUAAAUUACAAAAAUAUACAUUAGAAUAUUUAGAACAACAUAAAUAAUAAGAAGAAUAUUUAGAACAUAAAAACAGACGCAAUGAGUUUUAACAUCAUUUAAAAACAUUUAAUGUUUAAGAAAUAUAAAUUUAAUAUCCUGAAUAGAUAAAUUCUAAUAAUUUAUGAAAUUAUAAUUAAGAUUGUUUAAAAUAAUCUUUACCUCUUAGUGCAUAUAAGUAUUAGUAAGUAUAUAUAGUACUUAGAUACCUCAAAUUAAUAAUAUCGUAUAGAAAAUAGUUAUCGCUUUUAUAAAAGGCUUCAAUGGGUGUAGCUAAUAUUACAGCCUAAAAUAUUACUAACAUCUUAAAGUGGUGGUUGGGUUCUAUUAUAAAUAUUACUGUUAGUAUGGAAAUUUUAAUUUAUACUCACAUGUGAAAAUACUGUUUGAACUAACAUGCCUUCCAUACAUUCCAUUCCUAUUUAACUGUCAGUUUAAAUUUUCAUAUGUUUUAAAAUUUAAUAUGCUGUAAUACGAUAUUACCUUAAAUAAAUAUAGAAUUAAAUGACAUCAGAUUGUAUAGCUUGUAAUAAGUCGGUGCAGUACAUUAAAUUUUAUUUAAGUUAUGAUUUAAAAUUUCUUAUACUCGUGCUUUUACUAGAAUUUUUAAAUAGGAACAUAUUUAAAGUUUUGUUGUGAAAGCUUGCACAUUUUUCUUUCAGGUAAAAAGUUUAUUUUAAAAUUCGACUUCUUGAUAUCACAGCGAAAUCACAGAAUUCGACUUUAAAGUGUUUUGUUAUAUUCAUUAUGCACAGAAUUUGAGCUGUGUGGUCCUAGUAUUACAAAUUAAUACCUAAGGAUCCAAUCAAUAGCUUGAUCUUCUUUCCUACCUUUUAACAUUUCUUGUUUUCCCACUAACAUUCGUAACAUGUUUUUAGGCAGUGAUUUAGCUCCGCAUAUUUGUUAAAAUUGUGAUAACGGUUAUGUAGCUUAUUAUAGAUUUACUUGUCUAUGUGUUAUGUAUAUAAAUGAAGCUAGAGUAUAAAACUAGUAAGUAAAUAGCGAAAUUUGAAGACAAAAUUCUCUCGGAUUCUAUGAAAUUCCAGUCCUUAAAUGAAACCUAAGCCUUUCGUGAAAUUCGCCAUAAGGCUAAGUUUACAGAUUUCUUGUAAACUUUGAUAUGGGGCAUCGACUUUGCUACUAAUAAUAGUGCUAUUAUUAAAAUUGUCGGAAUGUUUAUUAUUUGUUGAGAUAAGUAUUGUAUAUCCUAAGAAAACGCAAAAUGCUAAUGCAAAAUGUGACAGUGGCCUUUUUUAUUAUUGUAUAUUUCUGAAAAUAUAAACACUGAUUUUUGUUUGGGUUGUAAUGUUUAGCGCUACUUUUAUUUAUUUGUAUAUAUUGAGGCAGACGUAAAUGUUUUGUAUAUAUUGAUUGUCUACCAAAGUUUUUGUAUCGAACGAUCGACCGAUAUUGUAUUUAUAGAUUAAUUCUCAUUUUUGUAGUUUUUCAUUUCAUUUGGUCCUUUAUCAUUAAUAGAUAACUUUAUUUUAUGUGCCAUAUACUCUUAAUUUGAUUUUAUACCCUUAUUUUCUGUAUUCAUAUUUCAUUAUUGUGUAUAUUUGUACUAAAUUACGAAUAUUUAGUUUAGUAUCACUUGUAAUUGAAAAAUUCAAGAAAUAAAUAUGUAAAAGCUGA